AUUGUCAGAAGGUCAGUAGUAGCCUAAUGCUAUGUCACAGUGCCUGCGUCAUUCAGCUCACUUCAUCUCAUCACCUAGGCAUUUCAUCAUCUCACAUCAUCACCAGGAGGAAUCGAAGCAAACGCUUGGAGAAGGUCCAUGUGGUUAUUGGACAUAAAUCAUGUGACUUGGAUUCUCUCAUUUCUGCCUUCACAUAUGCUUACUUUCUAGACAAGGUCAGUCCACCUGGGGUUCUCUGUUUGCCAGUGCUGAACGUACCAAGAACUGAAUUCAAUUACUUCACCGAGACGAGGUUUAUUUUAGAAGAGCUAAAUAUCUCUGAAUCAUUCCACAUAUUCCGAGAUGAAAUUAAUCUGCAUCAGCUCAAUGAUGAAGGGAAGUUAUCUGUAACACUUGUUGGCAGCAAUGUGCUGGCCAGGUAAGGCUCCGGAGGGAGGUUCGAUCCUUGAAC